AUGCCCAUGGACCGAUUUCCGCAAGAGCUGUUGAAGAUAAUAGUGGAUCAUGUAGAUUGCUUUGAUGAUCACGAGGGCAGGCAGGCGCUCAAAAGCCUUCGUCUCGUUUCGUCAACCUUCAGCAAUCUAGCAGCUGUUCCUCUGUUCCGUACGGUACCACUUUGGAUCGGCCUGCAAAGCCUCACAAACCUGUCGAAUAUUGCAGAGCACCCGUCUUUAUCCAAGUACGUAACAAAAAUCAUAUUUUCCCCACUUCAAAUAAGGACCUACGACAACGAGACGAAGCGCUCUGCGGAGAUUCUUGAUCGGUUCGAAGUGUCUUCGAAUUCGGCAAAUGAAAUUAUCUUGAGCAAUUUGAAAUAUACACAAGCAUAUGGCAACUACAGACGGAUGCAAAUCGCUCUUGCAACGCAUAAUCAGGACAAGAAGAUUGUAGUUAGAGCAUUCCGGCUUCUCUCCAAUCUCACUCGGCUAGAAGUAGAUUCGUCUCGGACUCGAAUUGGUGCUGCAGAAUUACGGAGCGCUUUUGGAGUCAUGGACGGAUCAGAACUCACGAUGCGGGGCGAGUACACAAUAGAUGUGCUUCUCCGAGCCCUAAAAGAUUCAGGAAUCAAGCUUAGCGCUCUCGUGAUUAGACACUCUGAAACGUUUGUGAAUCGUAAAUCACCACGCGCGUUCGGACGUCCACCACCACUUCUACUAAAAAGCGAUCUUGACUAUGAUCGUAUUUCACUUGCUCUGCCUGAACCUCAACGCUUUACGUCAGCGGUCGAUAACCUGGAAAUUCGUGGUUUGGCUUCGAUGUUGGAGCCGGAAGAAGAACAUCUGAAAGCUGUUGUCAUCCGUCGGCUUAUCGAACUUGGUCGUACGCUCAAGAAACUUGACAUUGGAGAGCUUGGUGAUUUUGGCCUAAGCAAUAUGUGCCCCUUGCGGGAAAUCUUCAGAUUCAUAACCUUCAGGCAUCUGGAAAGCCUUAGCCUUAGCUGGUUCAAUUGCCAAGAACAAGAAAUUGUAGAAUUGCUAUCGCAUAUUACCAAAAGCAUCGUCCAGGUCGAUCUGGCACUGGUGAAAAUUGAGGGCCAGGGUUGGUCUAGCGUGCUGACUUCGUUGCGGCAAAGAUCCUUCAAGUCAUUGACUUCUUUUGUUCUCACGUUUUGUCAUGACGAGGAAGAAUUCUUACAUGUGGAGCGGUACAUAAAAAAACAGACCAAGACAAACCCGCUUGAGCAAUUUGAAUCGUGA